GUCUUCAAUAGUGGCAUUGUGGAGUUGUUGAAAGUGAUCAGACCAGUUUGGGAUAAAUCUUUUCUUGCUCCUCUAGGAAUUGAUUCCUUAGCUGCUAGGAGGAUUGCUUUGGAGAAAGCUGAGUAUGACUUAUUAACCUGAUUUGAUUUGCAGUUUAUUGAAGUGGUACAUAGGUCUGUGAGCUUUGAGAAUAGCUGCCAGUUGGCUUUUUUUGUAGUUCCAUUUGGUGAUGGUGGUGUUUUCUGAUAUUUUGAAGGAGGUAUCAAUACUGAUCAAUAUGGGUCUGUGGUCACUGGUGGCUAGCUGGUCUGCAACGUCUCUAGUGCACUUUUUGGAUUGUUGUCAGUUGCAAAGGCUAGAUCUGGAGUGGUUGAUGUUAGCCAGGCUCUUGAGAAAAAGGUUUUAUAAAGAAUGCCUGAACUUACUAUAGACAUAGCAGUCGCCAACAGAUUUAUUUCAAGUUUAAGUAAAUCUCUUCAGGCAUUGUGUCAUGGAUGUAUGGAAUUUGAUACAGGCAUUGAAAUCAUAGGAUAUAUUAAUAUUAAUAUUGAUAGUGGUAGCAAAGUCGACUAUGUUUUAAAUGAAAAAGUUUUGAAGAGUACCAAUAACUCCAUGACAUUUGUUAGCAAUAGCUUUUUGGCAAAAAAAGAUCAACAACGGCAUACACGAGAUGGAUCAUGUUCCCCUAUUCCCACAAUACAACAGCAAAUCACACCUAUCUAUCAAGCUCGCCAUCGAGGCUCAAAUUAUGGAGCCUCGUUUCAUAGAUCAUCUCAGUUUUCUCCACAUUCUCAAGUUCUUCAUGGUGGCCAGAAACGCCAGUGGGGUAGCGAGUUAAGAAGCCCUGUUAAAAAACAUAGACCUGCUGGGGCCACUUUAGAAAAGUCUCCAAGUCAUUCAGCAUCUUAUACACCCUCUACUAGUCAUACUUUUACUGAUCCAAAUUUCCGGCAUUCAUCAGCACCCACUAAUGCAGAUAGCAUUGAAGGUGACAGUGAAGUUGUGAACAUUAAAAAAGAAGCCCUAGACACUGAUCAUGAAUUACAGGAUCAAGUUGGAGAACAAGACCAAAGUACUGAUGACCCAACUGCUGAAACUUCGGGUAAUGUGAUAAUUAAAAGUGAUCCCGAUGCUGUUCAAUCUGCUGAUAGUGAAACAAAUAAAGAUGAUACAGUGGCAACAGACUUCAAAGGAACUUUUCUUGACCCCUCUCAGGAAGCUACUGGUGAACAAAAUGACUUUUCUAAUUCGGAAAAAGUACUUGAAACAAUAUCUAAGCCAGUUCUGUCUGACAAGCAUAAUGUUGCUGGCCCCAGUACAGAAGGUACUGAGGACUCAAAUGAUACAAUUCCUAACUCAGGUGCUGAUUUGUCUUUGGACUAUGAUCAGGGCAAUGAAGAUUAUCCACAAUCAGAUGCAGGUGAAGCAACUAGUGAUACUGGUCAGUUUGAAGUUAUUGAAAUUGAUGAUGAAGAUGAAGAUGUUCAAGCAAUGUUUGGUGAAUCUCGAAGUAGAUUAUACAGAGGCCACCGACAUGGAAGAUUACGUGGGCAUGGUCUCAGAGAUUCACAUUCCAGGCCGGAUGUUAGAGAUAUGAAUUCCAGGCCAAAUAUUAGAGAUAUGCAUUCCAUGCCACAUUUUAGAGAUAUGUUUUCCAGGCCAUAUAUGAGAAAUAUGCUUUUCAGGCCGGAUGCAACAGAUAUACUUUCCCGGUCAGAUACUACAGAUAUUCGUUCUCGUUUGGAAACUAGAGAUAUGCUUUCCAGAUUGGAUGCUAGAGAUAUGCUAUCCAUGCCAGAUCCUAGAGAUUUACUAUCCAUUCCAAAUGCUCGAGAUUUGCUAUCCAUCCCAAAUGCUCGAGAUUUUCUAUCUAUCCCAAAUGCUCGAGAUUUGCUAUCCAUGCCAGAUUCUAGAGACACCCUUUCCAGGCCAGAUAUUAAAGAUAUGCUUUCCAGACCAGAUGCUAGAGAUGUGCAUUCUAGACCUGAUGCUAGAGAUGUGGUAUCUAGGCCAGAUGCUAGAGAUGUGCCACCCAGACCAGAUGCUAGGGAUCUGCCACCCAAUCCAGAUGCUAGAGAUGUUUUAUCCAGGCCAGAUGCUAGAGAUGUGCUAUCCAGACCGGAUACAAUAGAUUUGCUUUCCAGACCAGAUAUUGCAGAUAUGCAUGCAAGGCUGGAUAGGGCAUCAAACGAGUUUAUGGAUCCAAACUUUCUAAAAGCGUUUCCCAGUUACCAGGCUCUUGUUGGAAAUAUAAUUUCGUGUAUGCUGUGUCCAGAAGUUUUGCCUGAUCUGGCUGCCUUGAAAGCUCAUUUGUCCCACUUUCAUGGAGCAAGUAUGCCUUUUACUUGUUCUGUCUGUGGUAAAGGUUAUGCCAGCUCUUCUGGGCUUAAACAUCACAUGCAUUUACAUGAAGGCAAAACAUUUAUGUGUCCUGUGUGUGACUCAAAGUUUACUCAAAAAAGUACCAUGAAGACACAUUUAAAAGGAAUACACAUGUCUUCUCAGUGUCCACAGUGUUUUCAGGUUCUGAAGAUUGGACCAGAAUAUGACUCUCAUAUGCUCAAUUGUGUGAAUUCUUAAACUAAAUGUUUUAAAAUAUGCACUAAACUAACAGUUAAGCAACAUUAUACAAAUAAUCUUCAGUUGUAUGAAGGGAUAAAUGGGCUAACCCAAUGAUGAUUCGUUUCUUUUCUUUCAGAGGACAAUUUUCACAGGCAGUUGUCUUGUGUUGAAAAGAUAUUGGACACUUCUAAAAUGACAAGAACAAUAUUAGGAUUUGUUGCACGGCCCAAUAAAUCUGCUGCUGAAAAUCACUGCUGUACUUUUUGUCCAGAUAUUUUUC